AUGAUACUGCGACCACGCUCAAGAGCCUCUUCAAUGGCUCUUCCUUUAGCGAGAAAUGGAGAGAGUAGCAGUACCAACACCAAUGGUAAUGCAACCAAUAUAGUCACAACCGCGAAUGGACUGGGAUCCAGCUCGGGCUCCUCUAAUUCACCUUACCAGGCCACAAUUUACAUAUUGGGAUGGUACGUUUUUUCACUUUCGAUAUCAAUAUAUAACAAGUGGAUGUUUGGGCCCAGUCUUGACUUCCACUACCCGAUCUUGAUCACAUCCUUCCAUCAGUUCUGCUUGUUCUUACUCUCCACUGCCGUCUUAUACUGGAGACCAAAAUUGAGACCUGACGUGGAGCUGAUGACAACCAAUAGCCCCGCAACAAACCCAACCAUUACUAUCACAUCUUCAUCUGCAACCACCAUAAGGUCGUCAUCGUCCACCAAAUCAUCCCUUAGACACUUAAUAAACUCCAUUAAAAUGCCACCUUCAACAUUCAUACGUUCCAUAUUACCGUGUUCAUUAGCUUCAGCUGGUGACAUUGGACUUUCGAACGUUUCAUUCAAGUUCAUCUCUUUGACUUUAUACACCAUGUUGAAAACUCUGAGCUUGGGGUUCGUCUUGAUAUUUGGAUUGUUGUUCGGGCUCGAGAAGUUUAGGUGGAAUUUGGUCCUUAUAGUAGUGACUAUGCUGUUUAGCGUGUUGUUAAUGGUUAACAAACGCCAUAGCGAUCAAGAGGAACAGGAAGAGAUUGACUCGUCUUCGCAAUCCAUUGGAAUUUUCCUUGUUUUAGGUGCAAGCAUGAUGUCAGGUUUGCGUUGGUCCUUUACUCAAAUAUUACUUAAACAUAACGACUAUACUUCCAACUCCAUAUCAACCAUUUUCUUUCUUUCGCCAGGUAUGUGUACGAUUCUUUUCGUUUUGGGACUCAUUUUCGAAGGUUGGUCUGAUUUCACAUCCUCACCUGUAUGGGCAUUAAGAGGGAUCUUCCAGACAAUUGUAUUAAUGAUUGUCCCUGGAUUUCUUGCAUUCAUGAUGACACUAUGUGAGUUCAAGUUAUUAUCUGUAGCUCAGGUCAUAACUUUGUCUAUUGCAGGGAUUUUCAAGGAACUUUUGACUAUUCUCUUGAGUCUGAUAAUAUUUGGGGACCGUUUGAGUUGGAUAAACUGUAUCGGGUUGAUUUUGACGUUCUUAGACAUCUUAUGGUAUAACUAUUACAGAUACUUGCAAAAAAACAGCACGUUGAACUCCACGAGUUCAUCAAAGCAUGAAUAUUUGAGUGUUCCAACAGAUGAUUCCGGUAUAGAAAUGAAGAAGUUGUAA